GAUAAUUAUUCGUUGUAACAGCUCUUACACUAUAGCAUACAUUUCAAAGUCAUCGACUUCACGCCGGCUUUUCCGUCUGAGGCGAGACGAACUGGUUCAGAAUUGAAGCUUCAUUUUUCUUUUGUCUGUUCCUUUCAGUUCAAAUAGAAUGCAAUGCGUAGCCCAGCAACUUAUUUUCAAGGUCGUUUAUUGCGAAAGUUUAGCCCAAUACCAACACGCCAAUCCAUAGAGAAACUUCGCUCUUUUUCACAGCACAGUUCGUCUUUCAGUGAUACACAAGAAAAGUUGGAGUCUUGCUUUGAUGGGCACUUUCAGAACAUACUCAAUAAGUUAUCAAAGCAUAAUGUGUAUAAAACGGUGCCUUCAAUAGCUGAUGUGAGUUUGGAUAGCAAUGUGAGGCUAAAAUUGUUUUCCGGGGUGCUGCGUAGUUGUGCUUCAAAAGGGUGUUUGAAUGAGGGUAAGGCAGUUCAUGGGCAGGUGAUCAAAAAUGGGAUGGACCCAGAUUUGGAUUUUUGGGAUUUGUUGGUGAGUUUGUAUGUUAAAUGUGGGAGUUUGCAAUGCGCACGUCAGGUGCUUGAUGAGAUGCCUGAACGGGAUGUUGUGUCUUGGACUGUGCUAAUUAAGGGGUUGGUAGAUGAAGGAUAUAGCCGUGAUGGUGUUAGAUUGUAUGGUGAAAUGAGGAAAGAUGGUAUUAGACCAAACGGAGAGACUUUGGUAAGUGUGUUGAAAGCUUGUUUAGGGUGCUUGGAACUAGAAUUUGGGUUACAGUUGCAUGCAGAAGUCAUUAAAAUGGGGCUCUUUUCAAAGUUUUUAGUUGGGUCUGCUUUUGUUGAAAUUUAUUCAAAAUGUGGUUUGAUGGAGCUUGCGAGUAUGGCAUUCUUUUACAUUUCUAAGAAAAGUGUUGUGUCAUGGAAUGCCUUGAUUGAUGGAUAUGCUCUAAUGGGUGACUGGGAAGAGAUUCUGAACUUGUUUUGUGAAAUAAGAGAAUUAGAAUUGAAGCAUGGUAAGUUCACCUUAUUGACUGUUCUUAAGAGUUGUGCACACUUGGGAAAUUUGAGAGGAGGGAAGGCAGUGCAUGCUCAGGCUAUCAAGAUUGGUAGUGAGCUUGAUAAAUUUCUGAGUUGUUGCCUUCUUAAUAUGUAUUCCAAGUGUGAGUUUCCAGAAUAUGCACUCAAAGUUUUUCAGAGGAUAAGAAGUCCCAAAAUAGUGGCCUGGAGUGCAAUGAUCCACUGUCUUCAUCAACAAGGCCAGAGCCAAGAAGCAGCUGAAAUGUUUUGUAUGAUGAGACAUUCAGGUGUGUCACCAAAUGAGUUUACUCUUGCUAGCCUGAUCAGUGCUGCUACUAGUCUAGGUUACUGGAAGUACAGUGAAAGUAUUCAUGCCUGUACAUAUAAAUAUGGUUUUCAAUCUGAUAAUUUCAUCAGCAAUGCACUUGUUACAAUGUACAUGAAAACUGGAUUUGUAAAUAAUGGUUGGAAGGUUUUUAAUGCAAUGAGUAUUCGGGAUACAGCUUCAUUAAAUGCACUUUUAUCUGGAUUUCAUGAUAACAAAGCUUGUCAUCUGGGACCAAAAAUCUUUAGAGAGAUGCUUGUGAUAGGUUUAGAACCUGACAUUUUCACAUUUAUUAGCAUUUUAAAAUCUUGUUCCUUCAUCUUGGACAUAGGUUUUGGGAAGCAAGUACAUGCCCAUAUCAUAAAAGAUGACCUUAGCAGUAAUGGUCAUGUAGGAACUGCUCUGCUUGACAUGUAUGCCAAAUGCAGGUGCUUAGAAGAUGCUGAUGUAAUUUUGAAUGAACUUACUGAAAGAGACCUCUUGACUUGGACAGCCAUUAUAUCUAAUUAUGCACAAAGCAAUCAAGGGCAGAAGGCUGUUAAGUGCUUCAUUCAGAUGCAACAAGAAGGCUUGAAACCCAACGAAUUCACUUUCUCCAGCUGUUUAAGUGGUUGCUCCAGUUUAAUAUUGCUAGACUGUGGGCGGCAGCUCCAUUCCUUGACCAUAAAAUCUGGACUUUCAUGCAACAUGUAUGUUGCUACUGCACUUGUUGAUAUGUAUGGGCAAUGUCGGUGCAUAGAAGAUGCUGAGGCUGUUUUUAAGGGCAUGGCUUCACAGAAUGCAUCCUCAUGGAACACAAUCAUAUGUGGAUACUCACUAAAUGGGCAAGGAAAUGAGGCUCUCCAGGCUUUCAGGAUUAUGUUAGAUGAAGGGUUCCUGCCUGAUGAGAUUACCUUUAUAGGAGUUCUUUCUGCAUGCAGCCACGUGGGUUUGAUUGAAGAAGGGGAAACAUAUUUUAACUCUUUAAGCAGGUACUAUGGAAUCACUCCUACCAUUGAGCACUAUGCUUGUAUGGUCAAUAUCCUUAGUCGGGCAGGCAAAUUUAUUGAGAUUGAAAGAUUUAUUGAGAAGUGGAAGCUUACCAACAAUCCAUUGAUUUGGGAGACAAUUUUGUGGGCUUCUAAAGUACAUGGAAAUGUGGGAAUUGGUGAAAGAGCUGCAAAGAAAUUAUUUGAACUUGAACCUCGUGUGGACUAUAAUUAUGUAAUGUUAUCUGAAAUUUAUGCUGCCAAAGGCAAGUGGGAUGAUGUUGUGAAGGUUAGGGCAUUGAUGUCCAAACAAGGAAUCCAUAAAGAACCAGGUUGCAGCUGCCUGGAGAUUGAUGGUGAAGCCCAAACGUUCUUUGCUCAAGAUCUUUCACAUCCAAAGAUCAGGGAAAUCUGUGUACUGUUGGAGGGGCUAUCACGGUGAAAAUUGACUGCAGAUUGAAGACUUUCUAUGAGAAUUGAGCACAUUUCAUGGGUUGUGCCACCUGGAAAGACGUUCAUCUCCGUGAAUUGGUUGAGUUGGUAAAGAAGUUGCAACCUGAGGAGUUGGCUGCUCUUGGCCUGUCCAAUGCCAUCACUACAGAGAUCCAUACAUCUACCUAAAAUAAGCAGAUCCGCAAUCAAAAUGUUCAAGGGGAAGAACUGAGUCUGAGUAUAGGCUAAGGAUUGAAUAGGAGAUGAUGGAGGGUUAUAUGCCCAACAAAAGAUAAUAGCUUUCUAACAAUAAUUUCAAGAAGAGAAGCAUUGCUUUAUGCCUUUGUCAUAUUAGACAUGUAAAUCACGUAUGAUCUGAUGAUAGUUCAGUGCAGAAAACUCAGGAUUCAUUGGGAUGGGGCAGGGAGUCAUAGUGUUGGCACAUUCUGUUAAAAUCAUAUGCAAGCUUGUUGGUCCUGAUAGUUAGGAACAAUGGAUAACACAUACUUUUGGUAUAUAAUUAUAAGUAGCGACACAUUAUUGGAUUAUGAUGCGAAGAUAAAGAAAAAGCUAAGCUGGGCAAAAAAAAAAAUUGGCUUGAUACGUUCCAUAAGAUCAUUUGAGGAAAACAGUGUCCCUACUUUGAAGUGGCACUCUUAUCGUGGAAAUGCCACCAAAAUUUUUUCAUAUGUGCAGUGAGCGAGCGCAUAAUGCUGGCUAAUGUUGAGUGACAGGAGAUGAGCUUUGUAGAUGUGAUAACUUUCUUUAAGCUGUAA